CUUGCACAACUUUCCCAUAUCAUCCAGUCUGUGCUAGCUGAAAAUGUUCGGGAUUUAUGUAUUUGCUGUUUAUGCGACAAGCGUCGCCUUGGCCGGUAUUCCCGUCAAGAAACUGAGGAUAAUAGUUCCCGAGCAGCAUGCCCAAGCUACGCACACCCUGGUCGCCACGAGCGGACACGGAUUCGACGGCGGCGAGUACGGCGGAGAUUUUGAGGGACACGUCAGCGUCGAUGGGGGAAAAUCCAGCAGCGGCGCCGAACUCACCAGCCUCGCUCAUAGCUCCGCCCUGCAAGCCAAGAAUGCCGUUCAAAAUCAGCAAACCGCUGGCAGCCAAGCUGCCUUCGGAGUCAAAAGCAGCCUUGCCAGUGCUGCCAUAGGGGCUGCCCAGACCGCCCAAGCUGCCCUUGUUGGUAAGCGCGCCAUCGUCCAGAACCUCAGAAGACAAGUCGAUGAAGCCCAACAGCAACUUCAAGAAGAGAUCGCCCAUUACCAACAGAUCGAGUCGGUCGUUCAAGCAGCCCUCUCCACCUCCCAGCAAGCCCAAGAGCAACUUAACACCUUGACAGCUGCCCUAGCCGCAUCCCAGAGCGGCGCCCAGGGGGCCGAGAGAGCCGCUUCCGAAGCUGCGAAUGUCGCAGCUAGCCAACAGGCGAUGGUGGUCGAAGCUAGGCAACGUGUAAAUAACAUUCUCGGUCAGCUUCAUAACGCCUUGGGUGACCUUCAACAAACGGAGGCGGCUGCUUACAACGCAGCUGAGUCAGCUCAGGCUGCCCAGUCCAACGCAGCAGCUGCGGGCUUGGAGGUAGCUGCAGCCAGCGCAAAAGGGAGUCAGUCUAAGUCUAGGGGUUCUGGCUACCAUCAUUUUUAAUUCUAUAUUUUUUAUAUAUGUUUACGUUUUUUUA